CGCGCGACCCUUGGCUCACACUUGACCGUCUCCAGUCAGUGGAGUGUGCGAGGCCGCAGGAGGACCGAUUCACAGCCGCCGCUCGGUCUCUCCCACACCACCGGCGACAGCUGCUUCCGUCAACCGGCGGCCGUAGACCACCAUCACCCCUCACCGACUCCAGUGAGGAGAGCGACAACAUGCCGCGGUCUUUCUUGGUAAAGACGCACCAGAGCAGUAAGAAACCAAACUGUGGAGGACUGAGGACACAGACUGAGGAGGCCCACUGCAGCACCCAUGAAGACACUCUGCUGCACAGUGACAUCCCCCCUCAUCAUCAUCGUCCAGCCCAGAGCCCGCGGCUGCAGCAGAGAGCCCAGCCUCUCUCUUCUUCUUUCUGUGCUCUCUCUCUCAGAGCAGCCAGAUUGCGCCUUCCAUCCCUUCCAAAUGCCUCCCCACUCUCCAUUUUAGGCCCCUCUUCAGAGGCUUACAGUAGAAGCCCUGCAGUGGCCUAUAAACCAGCAGAAUCCUGUACCAAAGUAGAUUUGGAAAUCCAGUGUGUUACGGGAGACCACAGGAUUAGAGAGAGCCUCCUCCCUCCGUCCCUCCCUCUCCUGGCCCUCUUUCCCUCUGUCCCUCCAGGCAGCAGCAGCCAGGAGAGCUUUGAGUGUUUGGAUUGUCAUAAAGAGUACUUGAGCUUCUCAGGCCUUGCCAAACAUAAGCAGCUCCAGUGUGAGUGGAGCAGUAAGAAGUACUUUAGCUGUAAGUACUGUGAGAAGGAGUAUGUCAGCUUGGGAGCACUCAAGAUGCACAUCAGGACACACACACUGCCCUGUGUGUGUAAAAUCUGUGGCAAGGCCUUCUCCAGACCCUGGCUGCUUCAAGGACAUAUUCGCACACACACAGGAGAGAAACCGUUCUCGUGCCUCCAUUGUAGCCGAGCUUUUGCUGACCGAUCCAACCUGCGAGCUCAUCUCCAAACCCACUCUGAAGUGAAAAAGUACCAGUGUGCAAGCUGUUUCAAGACCUUCUCCAGGAUCUCACUGUUAGCCAAGCACCAAGAGGCAGGCUGCCCUGUGUCCUGACAGCCUGUAAACUCUAACCUUCUCCAAAAUAAACUUCUGUGAAGUCUUGCUGCUGGCUGAACAACAGUGUCCUUGGGAUGGUCUCCAAAGACUCAUUUGUAUCUUUGCAUAACUUGGUGUGUGGAUCACAAAACCCUAGGCCUGAGCGGUGGGGAAAAAAGCUGUCAUUUGAUGACACUUUGACUUGAUGACUGCCUUUGGUCCUCAUCAAGACUAUUAUUUUCCAGAACAAGCAUGACAAAAUUGUGCAUUAACAUCUGUAAUUUCCUGUCAGAAGCCAUUUACUUAGUUACCCAAGUGUAUGUGUAUAAAGUGUUUACAAAAUCACACACUGAUACAGCUGAGUCAGCAUCAAUGAAAUGGCCAGGAAUGUAUGUUGAUAUUACUCCUAUGGCCUGGUGCGAUGAUCUUAGAACUGACUGACUAGCACUAGUAGGUCACAAUUUAGCCAAAUGCCUGCUAUACUGUCUCAGUCAUUAUGGAGUCUUGUGGCUCCCUUGCUAUGAUGGGAUCUUCAUCCCAUGCUCCUGACCUCAUAUGAGACAUCCUGGCCAUUAAACAUGCUUGAUGUUUUGAGGUGGAA